UGCUACUGCCGACGUGCAUCUGACGACUCCGACACGACAAACAUGCUUGGGAGACUGCUGCUGACGGCCGCCGUGGUGCUCGCCGUUAUUCAAGGGUCCGGCGCACAGGGUCCGGCGCAAGCAACCCAAAAUGAAGACAUUGCUAUGACGGAGUGUCCUGAUGGCCAGCCCCUUGUGUACUGCACAGUAGACCCCUGCAGUACCGCUAUUUGCCCGGCAGGAACACAGUGUGUGUCCAACUACUGUGGCGGGUGUAAUGCCGAAUGUGUCCCGAUUAAACCUCCUGUUCGGUGCACCAGCUGGACAAACUGGUUUGACCGAGACAACCCCUCCGUCACCGGCGACUGGGAAACGCUGUCCAACCUACAGCAGGAGAACCCGGGCCAGAUCUGCGGCGCGCCCACCGCUAUCGAGGCGCGAGUCGUCGGUACGGGGCAGGACGCGCUGACCACGGGGGAAAACUUCGCCUUCUGUGACGCCACCACCGGCUUCGUGUGCAGGAAGGACGACCAGCCGGAUAACACGUGUCUGGACUAUGAAGUCCGCUUCUGCUGCCCUGAAGUCGUUCCAGACUGCCCUGCCGGGUCCUGGACGCCAUGGUAUGACCGGGACAACCCUUCUGUCACCGGCGACUGGGAGACCCUAGGGUCGCUUCGGAAGGAGAACCCGGGCAGGAUCUGCUUCAGCCCCACCGCUGUGCACGCGCGCGUCAUCAGCACACAGGUGGAGGCGUCGCUUGCAGGAGAAGUCCUCUACAAGUACGACACGACGAGCGGGUUCGCCUGCAGGAAGGUCGACCAGGACGACAACACGUGUCUGGAGUAUGAAGUCCGCUUCUGCUGCCCUCCGUGCCCCAACUGGACGCCCUGGUUCGACCGUGACAACCCGUCUGCUACCGGGGACUGGGAGGUUCUGUCCCACCUCCGCCCGGAGAACCCCGGCCAGAUCUGCCGAUCGCCCACCGACAUACAGGUUCGCGUCAAGGGAACCGGACAGGACGCGUUUCUGACGGGAGAAGUCUUCGAGUUCUAUGACGUCACCACCGGGUUUGUGUGCAAGAAGGAGGACCAGCCGGACGACACGUGUCUGGACUAUGAAGUCCGCUUCUGCUGCCCCCGUACAUGUGCCCGCUGGACGCAAUGGUUCGACCGUGACAACGUCAGUGGGACCGGAGACUGGGAAGUCUUAUACGCCUUGGCCAACGGCAAUCCAGUCGGCCUCCGCCCGGAGUACCCCGGAAAGAUCUGCCCACGGCCUACAGACGUGGAGGCCCGGGUCAUCGCUACCCAACAGGAGGCGUCCGAAACCGGAGAAACAUUCGUCUACUACGACACGGCAAACGGCUUCGCCUGCAGGAACAAUCAGCAAAGGGACCAGCGCUGCUUGGACUACGAAGUCCGCUUCUGCUGUCCAGACCCCUACUGUCCAUCCGGAGACCCUUUCCUGCCUAACUACUACUGUUAUGUCCCCACAGACCUCUACUGUCCGCCUGGAGACCCUUACCUUUUUAACUACUACUGAUAUGUCUCCACAGAC